AUGGCGACAACAACUUCCGUCUCGCCCACUACUGUUGAGCGAAACACUUCACGACGAAGUCAUAACAAUUCAAUUCCGAGUCGUUCCCAAUCAACAAGAGUUAAAAGUAGUACGGCGGAUUCACCACAGCGAUCACAUUCACACCACCAUCGAGGCUCAUCACGACAUGCGCCCAUAGAGGAAUCAACGCCGCAGACUGAUUGUGAGACUACGAACGUCGCGCAACAAUCAAGAAAAACAUCAAGCAGAGACGGCCCACCUCCUUCUAGACACGAAUCUACAAGAAGCGCAACAAGUAAUCAUCGAUCAACUCAUCACAGUCGACACUCAAACGAUAUGGCGACCGCUGCAGCAAACGGCGGAGGCCCAGCCCCCGUGGUGACACCACAAGAGUCAAGACAUGCUGCACACAAGGGGAAAUCGAGAACUACCAUACCAGCACAAUCCGGAAAUUGGGUUUUAGGCAAGACAAUUGGUCAGGGUAGUAUGGGUAAAGUUAAGCUGGCAAGAAAAGCGGAAGGCGGCGAGCAGGUUGCAGUCAAGAUUAUCCCACGAGGAUCUACAGAUGACAACCACAACUUAAGUCGAGCUGAUAGGGAACGAGCCGAUCGUUCGAAAGAAGUCCGUACAGCCCGAGAAGCGGCUAUCGUCACACUUUUGGAACACCCAUACAUCUGCGGCAUGAGGGAUGUUGUGCGUACGACAUAUCAUUGGUACAUGCUCUUUGAAUAUGUCAAUGGAGGACAAAUGCUUGACUAUAUUAUAUCCCAUGGAAGGCUGAAGGAAAAGCAAGCUAGGAAGUUCAGCAGACAAAUCUCCAGCGCCUUGGAUUAUUGUCAUCGAAACAGCAUUGUUCACAGAGAUCUGAAGAUUGAGAACAUUCUGAUUAGCAAGACUGGAGAUAUCAAGAUUAUUGAUUUCGGCUUGAGUAAUUUGUUUGCACCACGGAGCCAUUUAAAGACUUUCUGUGGUAGUCUUUAUUUCGCGGCUCCGGAAUUAUUGCAGGCAAAGGCAUAUACUGGACCCGAGGUUGAUGUAUGGAGUUUUGGUAUCGUGCUUUAUGUUCUGGUUUGCGGCAAGGUUCCUUUUGAUGAUCAAAGUAUGCCAGCAUUGCAUGCGAAGAUCAAGAAAGGAAUUGUAGAUUAUCCUAAUUGGUUGACCCCCGAAUGCAAGCAUCUUAUAUCAAGAAUGCUUGUGACGGAUCCAAAGCAACGUGCAACACUACAGGAGAUCAUGAACCACCAGUGGAUGACAAAACAGUACGGUGGCCCACCUGAAAACUAUCUACCAGUUCGAGAACCUCUUACGCUUCCUCUCGACGAUGAUAUCAUCAACAGCAUGACUGGCUUUGACUUUGGCCCGUCGGAUCUUGUCAAGCAACAAUUGACUGAUGUCAUCAAAUCUUCCGAAUAUGGUCAUGCUGUGCGUUUGGCAAUGCAGGAACGAGAAAAUGCUGGUCCUCCUCGUGACUCGGAGAAGAAGAGAGGAGUAUUCGAUUUCUACAAAAGAAGAAACUCUACCACGAGCCGAGAUACCUUGACUGCACCAAGUGCAGAACUCCUACAAAUUGGCAACGAUCCCUGCAAUGCCUAUCACCCUCUCAUAUCGGUUUAUUAUCUUGUCAAAGAGAAACGUGAGCGCGAUGCACUUGAAGCUAACCCAGGCGCGACGUCGAUGCCACGGGUUCCAGGUGAAGCACCUCUUCAGAUGGCAGAAAUAUCGGCACCAAAGCCAGCAUAUACAAACGCUACCGCUUAUGAGAUGCCCGGCGAGAAGGCUACAGGAGGUCGAUCACGCCCGCGUGCUCGUACUCAUGGGGAGGAAGAGGUCACCGAAGGAAUGAAGAACGUUAAGAUUGUCGCUUCAACUGCCCCUCCGUCACCUGCAAUAGUGGAGCCUGUAGAGCAAUCUGCCAGGAAAGAAAGUACAGCUGCUGGUAUCCUGAGAAGAUUCAGUACACGACGACGCAAGGAGCCUCCAUCGUCUGACAAAACUGGCAAUCAUCUGACCGUCGGGUCGUCAAAUGAGCCAUCAACCCUUAGAAAGAGUUUCAGUGUCCGUCGACACCGUGAUCGGGAUGGGGAUGGACAUCUUCGCACAAGCGGAAGUGAACGCCAGCACGGUGAUCUUCUCGCUCCAAGAUCCGCUGAGACUUCGGCUGCUUCUAGAUUAGGUCGAUCGACGAGCGUCAAUUCGGCAGAAUAUAGACGACGAGAAAAUCGACGAGGAGGGGCAGGUGGAGAAACAGGAACCGCCGCUCCAGAACCAAUGCCACCACGCGUUACCUAUAAAGACGUCCCUCCAACUAGCGGCUCUGAUCAUUCGACCAUGAAUGAAAUGCCAGCUCGCGAUGGUGAAAGGGCUGGUCUCAAUCCCCAAACCGCCACUAUGAGAGCCAAGUCGUUGGGUCAUGCAAGAAGAGAAAGCAUACAGGCUAGACGGGCUCGAAGGGAGGAAGCUCGGGAAGCAAAUGUACCUGAGGAGACUGAUGUUGAGAUAGGUGACGCUAGUGGUCUAUCAACUGAACGGAUCGAUACUGCAGAGAAUGUCAAACCUGUAUUCCUUAAAGGGUUGUUCAGCGUAUCUACCACAUCAACCAAACCGGUUCCGGCUAUUCGCAUGGAUAUAAUCAGAGUACUGAAGAUUCUUGGGGUUGAGUUCACGGAAAUACGAGGCGGAUUUAGUUGUCGGCACACCCCUAGUAUUGACUUGAAAAAGGUCGUCGAUGUGCCUCCUAGCAGUCAUGGCAACCAUACCCCCGGACAUAGAAGAAAAAUCAGUUUUGGAGGUUUCAUGGGAGGUAGCAAUAAUGCGGAAAGAGAUCGUGAGGAUUUCCGAGAAGCAGAAAAAUCACCACAAGACCCAAGAACGCCACGUAGAGGUCGUGGUCCAGAAAAUAGCUACUCAAAUUCGGAUGCGUCGGAUGAGAGUGUCACCAGACGAGGUCACUCAUCCGCUCGGGCUGUGGGCGAAACUAGCACACAUGUUCAGAGUGAACUUGGCGGUAGCAUGAUUCUCGAAUUUGAGAUAUUUAUCGUCAAAGUUCCUCUUCUCUCUUUACACGGCAUUCAAUUUAAGAAGCUUCGUUCGGGAGGAACCUGGCAAUUUAAGAAUAUGGCAGAUCAAAUCCUUCGCGAGCUUCGACUAUAA